AUGGCGGCUGAUGCAGCCGAUAUGAAUGAGAUCUCCGAAGCCUUCGAAGAAAUGAGUUCGAGUGCCACCAGGACCACACUCACCACUGUCCAGGCAACGACCACUGAGCCAGGUAUUACUAGUACCAAGACCGGCGAGCAUACAGCCUCCUCUACUGAAAGUACCAGUACUACCACUUCUGGUCUGAGAUGUUACCAUCAAUGCCCAACUAGAGAGGAAUGCAACUGUUACUGCCAAGGACAUGUAGGUGAAUUCCAAAUGAUGAGCUCAACCACCGGCAUGCAAACUCAACCCUGCGCCUGGACUACGUUACCACCGUUAGACACAAAAGCCAGCGUCGGUCCCAUCACCAGUACCCAAAGCAAUGGAGACGUCGUCUGCGGCAAAUCCGCACACCGUGCAGAAACCACGGGAAACAGCGCAGAGUGCGUUGGCACGGUAUAA